AUGAACAGUAAGAUCAUUUUCUAUGAGGACAGGAACUUCCAGGGCCGCUACUAUGAGUGCGACACCGACUGCCCUGACAUGCAUCCUCACUUCAGCCGCUGCAACUCCAUCAAGGUGGAGAGCGGCUGCUGGGUUCUGUACGAGAAGCCCAACUACACGGGCUACCAGUACGUUCUGACCCGCGGAGAGUACCCCGACUACCAGCGCUGGAUGGGCUACAACGACACCAUCCGCUCCUGCAGAACCUUCUCCUACACCAGCGAGGGGCCUUAUCGCAUCCGGAUCUACGAGCGGCCCAACUUCCAGGGCCAGAUGAUGGAGUUCAGCGACGACUGCGAGUCCGUGCAGGAUCACUUCCGCAGCCGCGACAUCUAUUCCUGCAACGUGAUGGACGGCUACUGGACGCUGUACGAGCACCCGAGCUACCGCGGCCGCCAGUACUUCAUGAGGCCCGGAGAGUACCGCAAGUUCAGCGACUGGGGGGCGACCUGCGCCACCACCGGCUCCUUCCGCAGAAUCACCGACUUCUAG